UCGGAGGUCGAGAAGUGAGGUCAAGCGGUGCUAGGAAGGAAUAGGACAUAUAAAGGCUUUCGUCAGUGAUUGCCAACCAUGCCGUCGAUAAACUUUUCCGGAGCAUGGUCGAGAUUCGUGCAGAUGGUGGGGUACCACCAUGUUCUCAUGAUACUCAUCGCUCUAUCCGUUAUUCUUCUCUCCCUUCUACUAGCCGGAUGCUCCUCAUCUUCUCCUCAAAUACCUUCCAUUUUCCUCAUUUCGAUAUAUUAUGAAAAGUAUGCACCGACAUUUGAUCCAGCCCAGGUAGACCCUGGAAUGACAACGGCCAUUGCCAACAUCGUUGUUGGUGCGCACAUGGAAGUUAGAGUGGGGUUCUUUGGAAUCUGCAUUCAGCCUGACGGUGGAUCAUUUAUUUGCAAUGCCAACGCAACAGCGCUGGCGGAGAUAGUAACGGUGGAUCAAGAUCCUUUCAAUUUGAUUUGGGUGGCAUCGAUGUUCAAGGACACGGUUGUUUUCCCAUACUUGAUAAUCGUGGCCAUUAUCCUUGCCUUUUUCUGUUUUAUCCUCCUCGCCACAUUCCCAGGAUGGCAUGAAGAGCUCGACGCAUCAGGUUCGGAGCGCGAAGUGAAACCCUUUCCAUCACGACCAGUAUCUCAAAUCGCCUUGACUCUCAUUUGUAUUGCCGCCAUCUUCGUCCUCGUGUCGGUGUUAUGGCAACAUACAGCCUCUGUCGCUGCGAGUACAAUGGUACAAACAAUAGGCAACGGGAGUAUCAAAAGCGGCGUCGGCACGUCGGCUAUGGUACUAGGUUGGUUUGGAUUCGGACUCUUUGUGGUGGUGACGAUAGGCCUUCUCGUUAUGAUUCUCAGUAUAGAUGUACUGGCAAAAUUAACGGACGAUGAGGAUUAAUCGGGAUACCAAAGAAACUUUAAAAAAUUAUCCGGCACAUGACUAGUUCCGGAAAUGCAUGGGUGGCAAGGAUUUUUCUAUUUUACGCACGGUUUGAAGAAUUGGGUUGGGAAGCCUUACGGGGUUUUGGGAAUUUUUGGAGAUGCACAUUAUUUCAUUUUAGACUCAUGUAUUUAUGUCGCUUGUAUGCCUACUUCGAUGAUUAUGUAUUAACUGAUUAUGAGCGCUAUUUUAUUGGCAUUGUUGGAAACAAUUCAAUGAUAUCGCUGUUAAAUGAAUCUAUUAUCCAAUGAUCA